CAACGGGCUGCUCCGGUGUGCGUAAAGCGCUUUGUCAAGAUGAGCGAACCUCCCCCUUACAUGUGGCGCUGCAGAAAAGACAUCGGCUCUCGGGCAGAGUGAGUCACGACUGAUCGGAGAAGGAUUCCACAAACCAGCAGAGAGAGAGAGAGAGAGAGAGAGAGAGCUCACAGCCUCCGGCCAAGAAAAACCAGCGGCAGCGCUUCAGUCCUAACGGUCUCGUUUUACGCACAGAGCUCACCCGGUCCAGGCUCCGUCCCCAGAAGUUGCGUAAGCGAAGUUGAUAUCAAAGAAGGCGGGAGCUUCUCUGUGCGAUCCAGGCUCGACUCGGAGGAAAAAAGCAACGAGAGAGAAGGGAUUUGUUUUGUUUUUCUGCCCCUCCUGCAUCAUGUCUCAGCCCAACUACUCCGGCACGUUCCAUAUGGUGAAUCAGGAAAACAUGGACGCGUACCUCGCAGCUUUAGGUAUAAGUUUUCCCCUGAGGAAGAUUGUGUGUCUCCUGAGCCCCUCAAAAGAAAUCAGCCAUGACCAGGCCACAGGGGCCAUGAAGAUCCACACAUCCACCACUUUCAAGAACUUCCACAUGGAUUUCACUAUUGGAAAAGAAUUUACGGAAGAUCUGGGGCCAGUGGACGGACGUACCUGUCAGACUACAGUGAGCUGGGAAGGAGACAAACUGCUCUGUGUACAGAGAGGCGAGAAAGAGGGCCGAGGCUGGACUCACUGGCUGGAGGGUGACAAACUGCAUUUGGAGAUGAGAGUUGAAGGCGUGGUUGCCAAGCAACUCUUCAAGAAAGUUGGUUGAAGUCGAGUUGGAAAUGUGCGUUCUGCCGGAAAAAAACUCAAUUUAUUCUUAACAUUUAAAUAGUCAAGCACUUGGUGCAAGAACAGCAUUACAGUUUGUAACUUUUAUGCUUUUUUAAAAAUCAUAAUCAACACUGUUUGUUGAACAUCACAAUAAGACUGAAUAUCUGUGAAAACAAUGUUAUGUACAUGUCAGUUGUUUCUGUUUGCUGUUACUGAGAAGCGCUGUAGAUGUGUGUAAACAUUACCGACAUUCUUUCCUCACAUUACAUUACUAUCUAUAUUUACAAUGUUAUUAAGACAUCUGUCGGACGUCACUGCUCUAUCUUUAAUACACUUCAUUAUACUCAAA